GUUUCCACGCUGUGUGACAUUGUGAAGGAGCAGGACACCUGAGCACCAAAGUGACUCGGGAUAUACGUGUCUGUGGGGGACGGGACGUGGUAACGCAGGUAAAGCAGGUAAAGCACACCGGCGUGGAUGCCUCACGACUGCUGGAUCCCCAAAAACGCUGCGCCCGGUGCCGUUUCGUGAGGUUAUAAAACGGUGCGGCCACUCUUAUGUCAGCUGAGUCUGCACUCCUGUGAGUGAAACUAAACCAGCUGACGCAUCUUUCUCCACACGGACACAUUUUUUUUUUGCAUGGAUGAAUCUGUUGACAUAACGGCGUCUUAACAAGUUCCUCACGGUGCCAAACUCGUAGUACAGGUGUCCAGGUGGAUUUCCCUGCGCAUCAUGUACACAAUCACCAGAGGUCCAAGCAAACUGGUGACACAGCGGCGGACAGGUCCCACUCAACAGCUGGACAGUAAAAUAAAUGACUUUAAGCACAAACAGACGUCCUGGAAUAUGCCUGACCUUCCUGCACCCAAGAUAGUUUUCAACCGUCCAAAUGGAAAGAAGUACCAUAACCCCGCUCUAACUCCCCCUUCAGAUGGUCCACAUGAGGAGAGUUUCUCUCCAGCACAUGAGGAAAACGUGAAGUUUGUCUCGGAGGCCUGGCAGGAGGUGAUUCAGCCGGAGGGAGGGAUGGGUCAAGGACUGGAGGUGUCCCAGAGAGCAGUUCACUACAAAGAGACCACUCCCACACAACGCGUCGAUGGCUUUGUACCCAUAGAUCUGGAUGAAUGGUGGGCCAAGCGCUUCCUCGCCAACAUAGACAAGCUCUCCUGACACUCUGAAGGGGAUUAGAUGCUCUUGGCCAGUCAUGAGGUGAAACAUGAAGUAGGAUGGCUCAAAGAAAGAAAGAAGCAGCCCCGGCACCAAGUGUGAUGGCUCCACGUACCCUGAUGUGGCUUAAACAGACUGACGGCGCUGGGACGCUGACUGCAAAAGCUAACAAGAAUCACUUCACUUGAACUCUUGCCUUAACACUGCACUUCGAUCAAGUCUGAAUACUCAGACUGACUGCAAGCAGGAUGACGACUUGAAGCUGAGGUUUAUCAUGUUUUGACCCUCAUAGAAGAAAUGUUACUUGACAUGCAGUAAAAUGUAUUUUAAACAAGUUCAGUUUACCUCUUUAUUAAACUGACACCAGGAUGAAUCCAUGUCUUUUCACUUAAAUAAGAGUUUAAGUAUAUUUACCAUUACUGGUAUGCAGGGUUGAGUAUUGACAGCUGUACACCACAUUCUUAAACAUUUCUGUUUUUAUGUACCCAAAACAAAUCAAAAAGGGGAAAACUACAGUGUAGUUUUAGCAGUUGAUGUUUUGCAUAUCCAACAAAAAAAAAUGUCUGUCUAUGAUGUCCAUCACUUAAUCUGUUUAUUUUAACCGUAACAGAGUUUGAGAACAAUGUAUACAUUAUAAUGUUCAGGCAUUACUGGGACAUGAAAGACUAAAUUAACCAUGGCCUCUGUUUUCUGGAGAUAGCUCUUCUGAUUCAUUACUAGAACAGAAACUUACAAAAUUGUACCAAACACAGAACAUAAAAAUACAAGGCUGUAAAUGGAGAA